CCCGUCCUCUGCCAGUCCCCGGGGGACCCACCCCAGUGCACCGCGACCCUCCUGUUCCACUCGAUCCCUCGCUUCGCUCCCACACCAUGAACAACUUUUGGUGGCACGCAGCUUGGGGACUCUACUGCUUGGUGCAACUGAGCCUGGCGCAGACACAGAUCGAUUUGAAUAUAACCUGCCGCUAUGCAGGUGUAUUCCACGUGGAGAAAAAUGGUCGCUACAGCAUCUCGCGGACGGAGGCAGCUGAUCUCUGCCAGGCUUUCAACAGCAGCCUGCCCACUAUGGACCAGAUGAUGCAGGCCCUGCGUAAGGGGUUUGAGACCUGCAGGUACGGGUUCAUAGAAGGGCAUGUGGUGAUCCCCCGGAUCACUCCCAACUCCAUCUGUGCAGCCAACCACACCGGGGUGUACAUCCUUAACUCCAACAGCUCCCACUAUGACACCUACUGCUUCAAUGCUUCAGCUCCACUUGACAAAGAAGAUUGUGCCUCAGUCACAGACCUGCCCAAUUCCUUUGAUGGGCCAGUUACCAUAACUAUUGUCAACCGUGAUGGCACUCGAUACAGCAAGAAAGGGGAGUACAGGACGAAUCCAGAAGACAUCAACCCUACCAACCCUAUCGAUGAAGAAAUAAGCAGUGGAUCUCCCAGCGAGAAGGGGACUCCGGAAAGCUACAUCUUCUCCACCAACCUUCCUGUUACUCACCCAAGCCCAGACCAAGACAGCACCUCCAUCUACAAGAGCACCCCAGCUACCAUUACCUCCACUGUGCACUCAAACAAGCAUGCAGCAGCUCAGAAACAAAGUAAUUGGAUGUGGUUUUGGUUUGAUAAUUCACAACCUAAGACUCAAGCGCUCACAACUACAGCAACCACAGCCUUGGUGAGCACUAGAGGUGCAACUCCUGACAGAACAACUGAGAGGCAAGAAGCCCAUCACUGGCUUUCAUGGUUGUUUCAACCAUCAGAGUCCAAGAAUCAUCUUCCUGCAGCAACAAAAAUGCCUGGUACGGAGUCAAAUACCAUGUCAGCAGGCUGGGAGCCAAAUGAAGAAAAUGAAGAUGAAAGAGACAAACACAUCAGUUUUUCUGGAUCAGGCAUUGAUGAUGAUGAAGAUUUUAUCACCAGCACCAUUUCAACCACUCCAAAACAGAGCCAGGAUCCCACCCAAUGGAGGCCAAGCCAUUCAAUUCCAGAAGUACUACUUCAGACAACCACAAGGAUGACUGAUAUAGACAGAACCAGCACCAGUGUUCAAGAAGAAAACCAGACCAUGGAACUACAGCCUCCUCUCAUUCACCAUGAACAUCAGGACGAAGAGGAGAACCCACAUUCUGCAAGCACAACCGGGGCAAGUCCUAGUAGUCCCACUGAAGAAACAGCUACCCAGAAAGAACAGUGGUUUGUGAGCAGAUGGCACAGGGAAUAUGCCCAAACACCAAGAGAAGACUCUCAUGCAACAGCAGAGACAACUGCCUCAGCCCACAACAGCCAUCCAAGCGAAAGAAUGACCACACAGAGUCAAGAGGACAGUUUCCAGACUGACUUCUACAACUCAGUCUCAGAUUCCAUGGGACCUGGUCACCAAACAGAAGGAAGGAUGGAUAUGGUUUCCAGUCAUAAUGCAACACUUCAGCCUACUGCAGAUCCAAAUCCAGAUUUGGUGAAAGACUUGGACAGGACAGGACCUGUUUCCAUGACAACUCAGCAAAGUCAUUCUCAGAGUUUCUCGACACCAUCUGGAGAUCUGCAAGAUGAGAAAGAUCACCCAACAGCUUCUACUCCGACACCUAGCAAUAGAAACAAUAGCAGAGGUGGAAGAAGAGGUGAAAAUCUUCCUGAAGACUCAACUACUCCACUGGAAGGUUAUACCACUCCUUAUCCACACACAAUGGAAAACAGGACCCUCAGCACAGUGACCCCUACUCAGACUGGGGCCUUGGAAGACACUGAAGUUACUGUUGUCGCAGAGCCCUUACCAGGAGAUAAGGAUGUCGUGGACUCUAGCGGGAGGUCCCACACCACACACGGAUCUGAAUCAGACGGACCCUCGAGUGGGAGUCAAGAAGGUGGAGUGAACACAACCUCUGGUCCUAUAAGGAAGCCCCAAAUUCCAGAGUGGCUCAUCAUCCUGGCAUCCCUCCUGGCCCUGGCUUUGAUUCUUGCUGUUUGCAUUGCCGUCAACAGUCGACGAAGGUGUGGACAGAAGAAAAAGCUGGUGAUCAACAAUGGUAAUGGGACCGUGGAGGACAGAAAGCCAAGUGGACUCAAUGGAGAUGCCAGCAAGUCUCAGGAAAUGGUGCAUUUGGUGAACAAGGAGUCAUCGGAAACCCCAGAUCAGUUUACAACAACUGAUGAAACACAGAACCUGCAGAAUGCGGAUGAGAAGAUUGGGGUGUAACAUCUCUGCCGUGAUUUUGGAAAGAAAACAUAGUUGGAGAUAAAACUAUUACAGGGAACUGGGACACUUAACAGAUGCAAUGUGCUACUGAUUGUUUUAUUGGGGGAUUUUUUUUAGCAUAAAAUUUUCUACUCCUUUUUGUUUUCUUGUAUUUUUUUUUUCCCCCUAAAGUCAGGUCCAAUUUAUAAAAAACAAAACAAAAAAACAAAAACAAAAAAAACAUUGCUUUCUGAAAUGAGAGCCCAAACAAUUAUCCACAAGAAUUUGACUGUUCCAGUUCCCACCUGGAGGCCUUGCUCACCUUGUGGUAUGCUAAGAAUGCCUUCUAACAAAUGAUACAUGUACAUGUUCCUGAUCCCAGUAUCUCCCUACCCUACCUUUCGGGUCAUAGCUACCUGCUAAGAUGGCUAAGUUCUUGCUAAGUUCCCCAGAACUAAGAGGGAUUGAUCCCUGGGAGGAAAUUUGAAUGGGUCCAUAUUGCCUCUCCAGCAGCUCCAUCCCUGGACAUUGCUUUCCAGUGGGGGAUGGGAUCAGAGCAUACACAGAGUGUAAUGGUACAACCUCUCUCUUAGAUACUCCUAGGAAAUUUCAGAUGCAUCUGGGAGACAUCCAAAGGGUAAAGCUAUUUAUCUGUAGUAAGCUAUUUAUCUGUGUGGUUUUUUUUUUUUUUUUUUUUUGGAAAUAUUAAGCCCUGAAAGCCCUUUGAUCAAUAUAUGAUUGUUGUUUUUUUUUAGGUUAUUUUGUCAGAGGCAUAAAAAGGUUUAACCUGAUUCAUAAUAAACAUCUGUAUGUCUUCCAUUGUAA